AUGACGGGACGAGAACGCCCUGGCCGCGCCCUUCGAGAAGCUUUGGCUGGAGGCCCCGGCCCUUGCGGGCCGCUGGCCGAGGAGGAUCUCCGGCACCUGCAGCGCCGCGCCUCUCCUGGAUGCGUCGCUGCCGCAAAGAGCUUCUACUGCGACCGAGUGGAUCGUGCAAGGGCUGUGGCCGGAAGGACACCGCAUCAGCAUCACAUGAGAGCGAAGAUCCAAGGCGAGAGGUUUGAACGGUCCGUCCCGACCAAUUCAGCCCGCAGCGAAAAGCAGGAAGAAGCUUUCGAAGCCAAAGCACCAAAGCACCUCCCAAAUCCCUCCCUCAAUGCGGCGGCGCAUGGCCCGGGCCCUGGCUCUGAGGAGCCAGAGGUCGGAGCUCCGGAGGUGUCGCUUGAGAGCGGCAGUACAUCUGAGGCGCAGCACUUUGAACACUGGCAGAGCUCUCGAGCGCCAGAGGAGGCCCCGCGACUUCGAAAGCGCCAGAAGAGGCUCCAAGAGGCGAGCUCUUUUACCCUCGUCCCUCGCUUUCGCCUGGCCGCCGUGUCUGAGGAGUUCCAGGACGGAGAGUCGACACAGAUCCUGGCUGUGGCAGCUGCGACGCAGGACCAGGUGGGCACGCCGGGCGUCGCCGUCCUCACGCGCCGAUCUCUCGAGCUCUGGCAGGAAGAUCCGGUCUGCUGGCAUCAGACUGAGGCGUUGAAGGUCCCAGUGCCAGCGGAUGCCAUCGCGAGUAUGGCUUUCGACAGGACAGGCCGGCAGCUCUGGCUCGUGAUCUCUCCCCGAGAAGGUGGGCGAGGCAGCGCGCCCUCCUGUGCUCUCGAGACAAGGCUCUUCCACUGUACGGCCGGAGGCAACCUACGCCUGAAAGCGCGCCUUCGAGGGCCCUCUGCGCCACUUCUCGCAGGGCCGGCAGUGCUGCACCAGGUUGCUGCGGUUGCAGCUGCCGGUGCCGUCCACGUGCUGUCGUGGUCGGAAGAUGCAGCUGGCGGUACGCUUGGCGCCGAGUCCUUCACGCCAGCAUGGUGUGGCGGCUGCCGAGACAGUCCCCCUACGCCCACGAGCCUGCAAGCAUUGCCGGAUCAGCGGCUAGCAGUGGUCCUUCGCGGCGAGUUCGGUGGAGGUGAGCUCCAGCUUUACAGUGACGCGGGCGACUGCUUGGCCUUUGCCGACCUCGGCUCUUUUGGCUGCGUAGUGCCGCCCCAGGAUCCCUGCCCGGAGCCCGACCUGGCGGUGCUUCUGCUGCUCACAAGUCCCGCCGGAUGGCUACUGCACACAGCUCGCCUGUCACUGACUGCCGGCUCUGCCGGGCCAGCAAAGCUGCAGCUGCGCCAAGUGUCCAGCACGCCUGGAGAUGUGGAGGGCUUGGCCGUGGAUGCCAUCUCGGAAGGACUGGUGGCUUAUCGUGCAGGGGGCGUCCCCUGGCUGCUCGAUUGGCAGCAGAAAUCCACGCAGGCCCUGCCGUACGGCUGGCGGCCCCUCGUCGUCUCCUGCGGCUUGCUGAUCCUCGGUCGCGAAGUGGAAGCAGCGGGAGAGACCCCGACGGCCGCACCGGCUGAAGAGCUUUGUGGUGCCAGGGCGGUGACGAAUGUGCAGACGGAGCUGCGCAGCUUCAAGGAGGCAGCUCUCGCUUACCUCAUCCUGGCGCACGACAAGUUCGUCCAGGUUCGCCGCCUAGUUGCACGGCUGUUGCACCCAUCAGACGGACUGGCACUGGUGCACUUGGAUCAGAAGGUGGCGACGGAGAGCCAACUCGAGGACUUCCGGAGGUGGGCUGCCAGGUCCUUCGAGAAUGGGCGCGAGCGUGUGCGGAUCUUUAGCGAGUUCUCCGUGCACCGCGGCGGGCGAUCGAUGCUGGACGUGCAGCUGCGCGCCAUUGCGCUCCUCCUGGCCAGUCCCGUCGCCUGGGAGUACUACAUCAACCUCAGUGAUACGCAUUACCCAGCCGACGCCGCCAGCUGGUUCGCCUCCUAUCUUUGGCUUCACCGGGGCACCAAUUAUGCGAGGAUCACGUCCACGAAGUACUACGACCCAACGCUGCAAGGCGGCCGCCACGCGAGCUACUCGGGGCCCCGGGCCGAGGACGUCUACAUCGCCUGUGAUCGCUCCUUGGCCUUCGAAUGCGAAGGCCGACUCUUCUCCCUGACGCCAGGCGAGAAGUUCCCGGCGCUCUUCGCUGGAGUCACCUCUGCUUCGGGGCCGGAGUGGGUUAUUCUUAGCCGCUCCUUCCUGGAGUAUGUGGAUGAAGGCCUGAAAGAGGGCGCAAGCUUGGUCUCCAGGCUGUAUGACGACCUCGUCUCUCUCAGCAUUCCGGAGGAGAAGAGACCUUCUUUCAGACGCUGCUUCUCACGUCGCCCUUCUGCAACACCCUGUUGCGGCACGAGUUCCUGUAUCUGGACUUGUACGACGCUCCCUGGCGCACUUCGCCUCAGAGCGACUUUCCAUUCCAAAGUCCGAGGCGACUCAACGUCACCCACCUGCCAGAUAUCGCCAAAGAGAAGCCAUGGUUCGUGCGGAAGAUCGAUGCUGCGCAGCCGGGUUCUGCCGCCUUACGGGCGUCCCUGGAGGCUGCCAUCGCCCGCCGCAGCCGAGAUGGAAGGUGGCUCGCGGCCCGAAUCCCUCCGCCGCUAUCGCGCGCCCUUGGCAUUGAACUGCAGGGUGCCAAAUUCCAGCAUACGGUCGCCGUUUCGGCGCAGCUGGUGCCGAGAUGCAUGCGGGUCCGGCUCAUGGGAACUCCACAAGGAGGCCCCAGAAGCCCUUCACUGCGCCGCGCUCGGGCGGCGGGGUCCCUGCUUCUGA